UUCAGCAGAUCCACAGACCAGCAUGGCUGCCACUGCCGCUGUCAGCCCCAGUGACUACCUGCAGCCUGCUGCCUCCACCACCCAGGACUCCCAACCGUCUCCUUUAGCCCUGCUUGCUGCAACGUGUAGCAAAAUUGGUCCCCCAGCUGUGGAAGCUGCUGUGACACCUCCUGCUCCCCCCCAGCCCACACCACGGAAACUCGUCCCUAUCAAACCCGCCCCUCUCCCUCUCAGCCCUGGCAAAAAUAGCUUUGGAAUCUUGUCCUCCAAAGGAAACAUACUUCAGAUUCAGGGGUCACAACUGAGCACGUCUUAUCCUGGAGGGCAGCUGGUGUUCGCUAUCCAGAAUCCCACCGUGAUUAACAAAGGGAGCCGAUCAAAUGCCAAUAUCCAGUACCAGGCGGUCCCGCAGAUUCAGGCGAGCAGUUCCCAGACCAUCCAAGUACAGCCCAAUCUCACCAACCAGAUCCAGAUCAUCCCUGGCACCAACCAAGCCAUCAUCACGCCAUCACCAUCCAGCCAUAAACCUGUCCCCAUCAAACCAGCCCCCGUCCAGAAGUCGAGUACAACCACCACCCCCGUGCAGAGUGGGGCCAAUGUGGUGAAGCUGACUGGUGGGGGUGGCAAUGUGACACUCACUCUGCCUGUCAACAACCUCGUAAACACCAGCGAUACUGGAGCCACGACGCAGCUCCUCACUGAAAGCCCCCCAACCCCACUGUCCAAGACUAACAAGAAAGCAAGGAAGAAGAGCCUUUCUGCCUCCCAGCCCCCAGUGGCCAUGGCGGAGCAGGUGGAGACGGUGCUGAUUGAGACCACUGCAGACAACAUCAUCCAGGCAGGAAACAACCUGCUGAUCGUCCAGAGCCCUGGUGGGGGCCAGCCGGCCGUGGUCCAGCAGGUCCAGGUGGUGCCCCCCAAGGUCGAGCAGCAGCAAGUGGUGCAGAUUCCCCAGCAGGCCCUGCGGGUGGUGCAGGCGGCAUCCGCCACCCUCCCCACCGUCCCCCAGAAGCCCUCCCAGAACUUUCAGAUCCAGGCGGCUGAGCAGACGCCUACUCAGGUCUACAUCCGCACGCCUUCUGGUGAGGUGCAGACUGUCCUUGUCCAGGACAGCCCCCCAGCAACAGCUGUGACCACCUCUACCACCACCUGUAGCAGUCCUGCAUCCCGGGCUUCCCAUGUCAGUGGGAGCAGCAAAAAGCAUUCAGCUGCCAUCCUCCGAAAAGAGCGUCCCCUGCCAAAGAUUGCCCCCGCUGGGAGCAUCAUCAGCCUGAAUGCAGCCCAGCUGGCGGCAGCUGCCCAGGCCAUGCAGACCAUCAAUAUCAACGGCGUCCAGGUCCAGGGAGUGCCUGUCACCAUCACCAACACUGGUGGGCAGCAGCAGCUGACGGUACAGAAUGUUUCUGGGAACAACCUGACCAUCAGUGGGCUGAGCCCCACCCAGAUCCAGCUGCAGAUGGAGCAGGCCCUGGCCGGAGAGACCCCUCCUGGGGAGAAGCGUCGCCGCAUGGCCUGCACAUGCCCCAACUGCAAGGAUGGGGAGAAGAGGUCUGGAGAGCAGGGCAAGAAGAAGCAUGUGUGCCAUAUCCCCGACUGUGGCAAGACUUUCCGGAAGACGUCCUUGCUGCGGGCCCAUGUGCGUCUGCACACCGGCGAGCGGCCCUUUGUCUGCAACUGGUUCUUCUGUGGAAAAAGGUUCACACGGAGUGACGAGCUCCAGAGGCACGCUCGCACCCACACAGGGGACAAACGCUUCGAGUGCGCCCAGUGUCAGAAGCGCUUCAUGAGGAGUGACCACCUCACCAAGCAUUACAAGACCCACCUGGUCACGAAGAACUUGUAAGGCCAGCUGAGGCGGCAGACCCCGAAGAUGCAGUCCCUGUCUGCGUCCUGCCUGGGCCCCUGGAGGAAAAGAGGCCCGUGGCUGCUCUGGGCCUGCCCUCAGCCCUCUCUCCUGUUCUGCGACUAUGUCCCCACAGGAAGGGACUUUGCUGCCCCCCACUCCUCCUCCUGAAGCCCCUUGGCUCCACCCCAGCCCCUUCCCUCUCACCAGGAGCUC